AUGGCUCAUUCUCAAUUUGCUACUAACUUAUGGAUCUGCCUUGAUAACUUAGAAGUUGCCACGCGCCUUCUAUCUCCCUCUACCGGAUCUUCUCAAGAAGCCUUUGAAUCCUUCCGCACCCUUGCAGCUGGCUGGCCACUACGUGAAAGGCUUCCACACACCAAAAGUGGAUCAGUCCAAAUCCGAUGGGUCCCUGGACACACUAAAAUCCCUGAGAAUGAAGCAGCAGAUUCUGCUGCUAAAGAGGGAGCUGCCUCUACCCCCCCCUCUCCAUGCAAGUCCUCAUAUGCCUCGCUAAAGAGACACGCCAAGACUCAAUCUCUCUCUGCUGCCCAGACACGGUGGCAGACCAUAGCACCACAAACUUACCAAGAUCUAGAAAUAACUACAUCUCCUAAGCGCCCUGGAGAGCUUCAACUUAACCGACUUAACCUUGGCCAUAUCAUUGCAGCCCGUACUGGACAUGGAGAUUUCGCAGACUACCAUGAACGUUUUAAUCAUGAUGAUGCUCAUCUCCUCUGUCGAUGUGGAGCACGAAAAGCACCUCUACAUUUCUUCUUCUGCUAUAUAGCUAAGAGACGAGCCCCUCGUCCUCCUGGACCUCCUUCUGAGGUCAUAUCCUUCCUUCUAGGCACUGCGAAAGAAGCACAAAAACUAGCUACAUGGCUAGCAGAGACCCGUUUUUUUGAGGAUAUCUGUCCUCGCCAACCUCUCCUUAGCACCUAG